AUGCAUUCAACAAGGUCAGCACAACCCCUGUACUUUGCCGACACGGCAAACCAGGCAGAACCCCCGAUAUUCACCAAUAACUUGAAUCUAAAUGCGCCAGUACAACGCCAUGAAAAUCCCCAGUUGCACAGACCAAUGAGUAGCAAUGGUCAUAUAUCUGCCUCCAUGUACGCCUGUGGAACAGGCUCAUCUACUUGUGGCAGUACUUUCAAUUACCAAGUUCCACCGUUGCCCUUGCCGGAUCAACAACAGAAACAGAACCAACAUGGUCUUCGUGUAAGUGGGCCCGUGGUGGAUGACUCGUGCUGGAUAUCCCAUUCAAGGCAUGCCUCUUCAGGCCAUCGGCCAUACUAUCCGCAGCAGCACAAAUAUCAGCAUCUUGAUCAUUCUCUUGCUAAUUCAUCGUCAUCCUCUCAGACACCAUUUCAGCUUGGUUCUCAAUCUGCAUCGUCACCUGCGGUUGUUUAUUUUUUGCAGCAGCCAUCACAAAGCAUUCCUCGACAGGAUUACCAAGCCUUGCAAUACCCCAACCAUACUGCGUAUCCUGCUCAAAAAAAUGAGCAUGGCUUGUCACAACAACAUCAACUUAUUCAAAAUGCUUCCAUGGUAGAUACUCAACAAGUGGAUGUUCCUGCUUCCAUACCAACAAUUGCUCCAUCGUUAACCAUAUCAAACAGUGAUGGCGCGAGUUCUACCCAAGUUGACAGCAAAAUUGAUUUGACUGCUUCAGGUGAUUUUUACUCGCCUCAGUAUCUGCAUGUUCCGAAUAAUAUGAACUACACCAGACAGCUUCUACACCAGAAUCACCACAAUAAUAUGCGGCAAUCUGUAGCAGACAUUUCUCAAUCUGGAGUGUAUCUUUCUUUGGAUCUAUUCAAACCUACUACUGCAGAAUCUCAACCCAACACGUUUGAGCUUGCUUCAAACUCAUCAUUGCCCACUGCAACCACUCCUGAUAUACAGAAUUCUAUAAGCGCUUCAACCGCCUAUACAUCUCCUCAAACCAUAGCAAUGACUUGUCGAAAAUCUCCGUCUGGACCAACGCCUUCUUUGUCAAUUUUUCCCCAGCAGUCGCAGUCUCAACAUCAAUCUGCAUCUCUCUUUUACUCGAUUCUUAAUCGCAGGCAUUCUCUAGCAAUAGAUACCGAGCUAGGAUGGCCGGCAACUUGUACAGUGUCGAGUAUCUCUGCUCCAGAACUUUUAUCUUCACCGCGAAUUUUACAUCCAAACAUGUCCAUGGCAACUGGGCCGCAACCUGGACUGUAUUCACAACCAUUGAAUACCACUGAUUGCGACGUGAUUGACCGAUUGAUUUUGCCCAUGCCUGUCAUGGGAAAUAUAGUUACUACAACUCCUUCGACCUCCAACUCUUUUACUACUCUUGGAACAGCAAUCUCUUCAAAGGAAGAUGCGCUUGCCGUUUCAAAUGGCUUUAAAGAUUGUGUCAAUCCCAUACCUACUCAGCGACAAUCUGUUCUUCAACCAUAUAGAUCCAUAUCAGGUUUAUAUGCUUUAAAGGAAGAUGCAAAAAUUCCUGAUAUGCGCCAGACACAAAGCCAUAGUGCAAGUAUCGGCCAUCAUAAUGGUGCUCCUAAUUCAAUGAUAGAUUUGCUUGUGGAUGAUCACGACCAGAAUAAAAACGCUGCCUGGAUGGAUGCAGCAGCUACUAACGCUUCCUUUGCACAUACAUCAAGUCAGCAAGGAUGUCCAGUAUCAUCCAAGAGCCCUACACGAACUCCUUGCAUUGCUGAAUCUUUUGAGCCAUCCCCAAACGUGCAAGGGUAUUCAAUGGCAUUGUAUACGCUUGCUACGGCUGACAUGAAUGGAUCUACUUUGCCUUUUGGUGUCCACGUCAAUCCCACCACGUCUACUGCUAAUGCUUACCCAAAUAGUGGCAAUGCAUUAAGCGAUACGAGUUGCGAAAACAGAGGAUCAACCGUAUUUGGACAUACUUCCAUCAUGUCAACCGAUUCCUCUGCUCAAUCUUGGCAUCAAAUGAUGAACAUUAACCGUACUUCUCCACCACAGAAUUUGCUCAAGUUGUCGCCAUCUACAUGCACUGUUUUAUCUCCACCCCAUUUUCAGCAGCAGCAGGCACAUUCUUCUACAAAAACUGAUCUACACAUGCUUCCACCUCUGCCAUCACUGUUGACGAUGCCACAUUCACUUCCACCACUUAUCAAACAGGGUGGGGUGUAUGGCUCAGAUCCAUCACCACAGGACAUCAACUUUGAUUGUGUUGAUUUGCUUGGUUCAACGAGCUACACCAAACCUGUUGAAAAAGCCAAACCAGCAUCCUCAUCAGGCGUCAAACGACGAUACUAUUGCGAGUUUUCUGGAUGUGAUCGGUGGUUUACACGCAAAUACAAUGUCGACGCACAUCAACGCACACAUACAGGCGAACGUCCUGAAGUAUGUCCGCAUUGUAGUAAAACAUUUAAUAGAAAACAUGACUUGACACGACAUGUAUCAUGUGUGCACAAUAAAUCACUACGGUAUGGACCUUGCAAUGGAUGCGGUGCUCGGUUUCCUCGUCAAGAUGCAUUCAAGCGACAUUUUUUUACCUGUUCACGUCAAGUCGAAUAG